AUGCUUGUAUUCGUUGUGUGGUCCGUUAUUGUGCUGGAUGCUGGGGCAGAGCAUCGAGCGAGCCCUCCUGUCAUCAUCCAGACUCCAACGAACAUGACAGUUGCUCCUGGCUCGCCUUUUAAGCUGGAAUGUAAAGCGGAAGGGGCUCCAGCACCUAAAAUAACUAUUACAAGACUAGAGGAAGCAGAGAUGGAUCAAGUCAAAUCAACAGGAAACGGUUUAGACGGUGAACUACGCCCGAAGGAGGUGAUCUACAUGAACGAGGAGGUUUACGCUUUGGAUGAGGGAUGGUACCGGUGUGUAGCUGCUAACAGUCAGGGAGUUGUCUUCGCAGAUGCCUACUUACGGAUCAAAGAUCUUUGUGGAGAUGUCACGUGCACAGGGGGCAAGAUCUGCGUUCCUGACAACGAAGCUGCCACUGCAUCCUGCGUCUGUCCUAUGUGUGUGGAUAAGACAUACGAUGCUCUUUGUGGAAGUGACUGUGUCACUCACUUCAACUACUGUCAGCUUGAGCACAAAAACUGUCUUCAUGGGACCAGCUACAACAGAUUCCUUGACAGCUCUUUCUGUCCUGACUUCACCCCUCCUGAGUUUGUUGAAACCCCGCCAAGAGAGAUCGACGUGGUGGAAGGAAAAGCUUUCACUUUAACUUGUAAAGCAGCUCCUGCUGGAAGGAGCCCGGGACCUCCACCAACCAUAUCAUGGUAUUUACCAGACUACGCAUUUGAGGCUCCAUCUUUGUACGACGAAAACCCCACACUUUAUGGGCCUGACUAUGGACAAAAAAUUGGCGACGGAGAGACAAUCGAACUGAGGGCAACUUACGACUAUGAGGUGUUCUGUGUCGCUCAUCACUGCAAAGAUAGUGGAAAUAAAGCUACGGACAUUGUCUCUCACCAAGUAAAUGUGAAGACAGGGCCUGUGGAGUGUUUCAACGAGUGGCGAGGUGGUCCAUCUUGUCAAGUGUUUGGGGAUCCCCAUAUCAUCACAUUUGAUGACGUGGUGUACGAGUUUGAAGGACACUGUAAGUAUAUUCUGGCCAAGGAUUGCGAUAAGUGGACCAUCUACGGUAAUUUUGAGGCCUGUUCAACUCAUGGAAGAGGUGCUUGCCUCAGUUCUCUCAUCUUCAACUACAAUGAAGAAAUAACCAUACAGCUCCAAAGAGGGAUGGCUGUAAAGGUUGAUGGUAAAGAUGUAGAAAUUGAAGGUCUCGAGACGCUAACAACUCAGACGAAGGAGAAAAUAUUUAUGUUCAUUGAAGGAGAUUGGUUGGUCAUCAAGUACAACAUUGAUAUCGACUCACACAAUGAACUUCGUUGGGAUGGCCUGAUGAGUGCCCAAAUACUACUGGGGUCCAACUACCCUAUAGUUGGUGGCCUUUGUGGAAAUGCAAACAAUGACACCACGGACGACUUUAUGAUGAGACGGACAACAAAAGUGGUUACCAACACUGCGAGAUUUGGAGACAGCUGGAGAGUCGACAGCGAAAACUUGUGCUCAAAGUCUUCUGAUUUGCCGAAGUGGAAGUGGAGGAGAGAGUUUGCGGACCGAAAAGGCGACGCUAUCUCAACUUGCGAAAAAAUGUUUGAAUCUCCGCAGCUUGCCAAUUGUGCUUACGGUUCCUCUGGGUUAAGCCAAGUUGAUUCCAAACUCUACAAAAAUUCUUGUGUGGCAGACUUCAUGAGGUCGGACUUCAACGUGGACGAGGUUUCUGGGCUGAACAUGGCUUGUGUAGCGGCAUCAAACUAUGCUGCGAGGUGCGACAACUUGGGCAACAAAGUACAUCUGUGGCGAGAGCAGACGGGGUGCGCAGGAAAAGAAGAGGAACUAAUUGAAUACAAAAAGUUUAUUCGAAAGUUUAAAUCUAAAAGUGAGUUUUAGCUCUAGUGAUAUUAGUGGACUAUGAAGGUAUGGACCCAAUAUUCUCGAUAUUUUUAGUAAUUUUGCAGAACGAUCAAUGAUCAUAUACAUUAUAUAUUGAAUUUUUUUUCAUUAUUAAUCUGUAUUUUACAUGCAACAAAAAAUUGUUGCAAAAUCGUUUUUAACAUUUUAACAGCAACAAAAUAAA